AUAGGCUUCUAUAAGAACACUUGUCAGAGAAAGAACUAGAUCAUAUCCACAUAUUUAUCACAAAAAAAUAAGUGAGCAAAGAUUUAGAAAGAAUGGCAGAAAAAGAAUUCUCUUUCAAAACUCUUCUUCUGUUCAUAAGUAGAAUCUUUCAUAGGAGACUACUAAAGAACACUCAUUUCCAGCAAAGGAGUAACAGAGAUUGCAAUUCUAAUGCACUAAACAUUAAGAUUCAAAAAUAUCCAUCACUCAUACUUAAAUCAGAGUCAGAAUCAGAAUUCUCAAGCCAGACUUUGAUUUUGGACGUAGAAGGGGCGUUGUUGAAGCCGUCAUCUUUGUUUCACUACUUCAUGCUUGUAGCAUUUGAAGCUGGUGGACUUCUUAGAGCUCUUGUACUGCUUCUUUUGUAUCCUAUUAUUUGGUUGGUUAAUGAAGAUAUAGGGAUCAAUAUUAUGGUUUUUGUUUGUUUCUUCGGAAUCAAGAAAGAUAACUUUAGAGUAGGAAGAUCUGUUUUACCUAAGUUUUUCUUAGAAGAUGUUGGGUUUGAAGGUUUUGAGGUGCUAAUGAGAUAUGGAAAAAAAGUGGGUGUCAGUGAAUUACCUAGAGUUAUGAUUGAAGCAUUCUUGAGAGAUUAUUUAGAAGUUGAUUUUGUUGUUGGGAAAGAGCUGAAAGUGUUUCAUGGGUAUUAUGUUGGUUUAAUGGAAGAUGCUACGAAAACUAGUUUGAAUUUGCAAGCGAUGUUUGGAGAAGAGAGAAUGAAUUCCAAGGAAGUUGUUGGGUUCGGAAGUUUUCAUAAAUCACUUGAACAUCACUACUUCUCUCAGUGCAAGGAGAUUUACUUGGUGAAUGAAACAGAAAAGAAAAAAUGGAAGAAUUUACCGUGGGAGAAAUACCCGAAGCCGUUAAUCUUCCACGACGGCAGAUUAGCUUUUAAACCAACUCCAAUAUCAACACUAGUUAUGUUUAUAUGGAUUCCAUUUGGAAUAUUUCUAUUCACUUUCAGAUUUCUUAUUGGUAUUUCAUUACCUUACAGUAUCAAUACACCUAUACUAGCCUUCAGUGGUAUGAGAUUAAAGCAAUCAAAACCAAUUCCAACACCAAAAAAGAUAGAAAACCAAAAGGGUGUUCUUUAUGUUAGCAACCACAGGACACUUAUGGAUCCUAUUUACGUAUCUGGUGGACUUAGGAAACAUUUGACUGCAAUGAUAUACAGCUUGAGUAAAGUAUGUGAAAUCGUUGCACCAAUAAAAACAGUAAGAUUAACAAGGGAUAGAGAAAUUGAUGCAGAAAUGAUGGAGAAAAUGUUGAAGCAAGGAGAUGUUGCUGUCUGUCCCGAGGGUACUACUUGCAGGGAACCCUACCUUCUAAGGUUUAGUCCAUUAUUUGCAGAAGUCAGUGAUGAAAUAAUUCCGGUUGCUAUUCACGUAGAGGUUGGUAUGUUUUAUGGAACUACUGCUAGUGGGUAUAAAGUUUUAGAUCCACUUUUCUUUUUUAUGAAUCCUCAUCUUACUUACAGUAUAAAAUUCCUUGAGAAGAUAUCAACGUCUGAAAUUUUUAUGAGAAUGAAAUCAAGAACUGAAGUAGCAAAUUAUGUUCAGGGUGUGAUUGGUAAAGCCUUGGGGUUUGAGUGCACAAAUCUCACUAGGAAAGACAAGUACUUGAUGUUAGCUGGUAAUGAAGGUUUUGUUGGUAAAAGAAAAUCUUCAAACAAUUCAAGUUGAUUACAGGGAAACCAAGGGUUAAACAAGAUACCCAUGCAACUUUUACUUUUCUUAUUCAAUCAUAUAAACACUAUAUUUUAAUUUGUUGUAAUUUAUUCACGAUAAUAAUAAGCGAGGGCAAUUCAAUUAGGCUGUAAGCUGUUUUUUUAUGUAAAUUAUACCUGGUCUAAUGAAACAUUAAGCCUUAAUCUGGGAAAGAAUAACCGUAAAGGGCUGAAGCCGUCUCAUACAGGUGGUUCCUGGUGGCUCUGUAGUCUGUAUGUUGUAAAUAAUUAUUGAUUCUAUUCUCUGUGAACUA